AACUGUAGUUUCUGUAUAUACAAGUUACAUGUUGGUGUUUCUGUUCCCUUUGUCUCAUUUUAUAUGGGCUGGGGCAGAUGAUAAAUACCCCCAGGAGUUCAUUGGCCCCCAACUGGUUUCAGUGUUAUUUUUAUGGGGAUUUUUUUAUGUUCUCGGUUUAAUGAGUCCCCGGAGCCGGUGCCGCACGUUGUAUCAACAACACAAAUACCAUCGGCUCUUUACUGGGGCAAAGUCCAACCUCAUUCCUAUAUAAACUGGGUAAGAGCAGCAGCGAUCUAUAGCCUGUCUAUUACCCCCACAGGCAGUGACAGAGCCAACGCCAGCCGGGGUAUCAGGACCAUGGGGGUUGUUACCAUCUUGUCCCUCGCUCUCUCCUUCAUCCUCACUCUCCUCUUCCUCGUUUCCUAUUGGAGGCAGCAGAAGAAAUCUAUCACCCUCCCUCCCGGUCCUGCCCCUUUGCCCCUUCUGGGGAACCUGCGCUACACCCUACAUAAAAGCCACUACAAAUUCUUCCCAGAGCUCAGCAAGCGGUACGGCCCAGUGUUCACCAUCUGGCAGAUGACGGAUCCGGUGGUGGUUCUGUGCGGGUACGAGAUGGUGAGAGACGCCCUGAUGAAUCACGCAGAGCAGUUUAGCGGUCGCCCCUUUUCCCCGGUGAUCGACCUUUACUCCAAGGGAUACAGCUUCCCGAGCCUUCAGGGCGAGCGCUGGCGCCAACUCCGACGCUUCACUCUCUCCUCCCUGCGGAACUUUGGGAUGGGGAAGAAAUCCAUGGAGGAACUGGUACUGGAAGAGGCACAACAUCUCAACGCAGCGGUGUCUGAAACAGGAGGGAAGCCGUUUAACCCGGUUCACCUAACGGGCUGCGCCGUAGCCAAUAUAACCAGCCGGGCGCUGCUGGGGGAGCAGUUCCAGUACCAGGACCAGAAGUUACGGGACCUUCUCCUAACAACACGGAGAUUCAUCAGCAACACCCACUCCUUCCUACACCAGCUCAGUAACAUGUUCCCCGUGCUCCUGUAUGUUCCGGCCUUCAGGCAGAAGAUUUUCAGAGAAAGUUCCGAGCUGCUCGCAUUUGUCACGGAAUAUAUUGAGCAGCACAAACAGACACUGGAUCCGAAUUCUCCCAGGGACUUUAUUGACUACUUCUUAUUGAAGAUCAGAGAGGAGAAGAUGGCGGCACAAAGCAAUUUCUGUGAGACCAGCCUGCUAAUGACCAUUAUAGCGCUACUCGCUGCCGGCACCGAGACCACCUCAUCCACCCUAGCGUUCUGCCUGGCUUUCAUAUCUAACUACCCCGACGCCCAGGCCAAGAUACAGAGAGAGAUGGACGAGGUUGUGGGCCCCCAGCGCCCCCCAGAGACGGGGGACCGAGCCCGCCUGCCCUACACCAACGCCGUUAUCCACGAGAUGCAGCGGCUGCUCGACUUGGCGCCCAUCGCCCAUUUUCACGCCGUCACCGAGGACACGGAGUUCCAGGGAUUUACUAUCCCCAAGGGAACCACCGUUAUCCCCUUCAUCUCCUCGGUGCUGUUCGACCCGACCCAGUGGGAAACCCCUGAGGAGUUCAACCCGGGGCAUUUUCUGGAUGGUGAUGGGAAGUUCCGGGCCAGACCGGCCUUCAUGGCUUUCUCUGCAGGAAAGCGAGUUUGCGCCGGGGAGAGUCUGGCCCGAAUGGAGCUCUUCCUCCUGUUCUGCUCUCUCCUUCAGAAAUUCACCUUCCGUCGGGCCCCUGGGUCAGAACCACGGGACUGUACCUACCUGAGGAAGAACAAGGUCCAGACCAUCAUGUCCUCCAUAGUCUGCGCUGUUCCCCGUUCCACCAUGUGACCCCUGCGCCGGGGAUCCCACACCAAGUGGAAGUUGGGACUGGGGGGCAUUUGUCUAUGUUGGGGGGCAACUAUCUUUGUGUGUAACCCUGUUAUUCUGAGUAAAUAUGCCCCUCCCCCAUGCCGCUGAUUAUAAAUAUGGGAGGGGCCAGGCGCACCUGUAUGUUUUCCUUAAUCUUUAUUUCACCUCUCCCCAUUGGAGCUCAUUAGCAUAUUGAUGGGAAUCAGCAGCCUAUUGGCAGGCAGCACGCCUCAUUAACAUAAACACUGAUUAAACAAUUUUAUAUAUAAAAA